UAUUUGGUCAAAAAGGUGUAUAAAGUUUGUUAUAACAAGUUAGUUAUAUAAACCCUCACGAAUUCAAGAAACCAAUCAAAAGCAAAAAAGCUUUCUCUUUCUCUACCUUUUUCCUUAAUUUCACUUUUGCGGCGUCGUUCUUAUCUACUCACAAGAAAGCAACCGAUCAAAUAACUCCCAGAAUAAAGAAAGACUCAAACUUUAUUCUCUCUCUCUUUCUUAAAUAGUGAAGAAAGCUUCGAUUUUGGGAAGUGGGUUUGUUCGAAAAAUGGGUUCUUCUGUGGAACAGAACAUUUUGGUGACUGGUGGUGCUGGAUUCAUUGGAACACAUACUGUUGUUCAGCUUUUGAAUCAGGGUUUUAAGGUUACGAUCAUUGAUAAUCUUGAUAACUCUGUCGUUGAAGCUGUUCAUAGGGUUAGGGAACUUGUUGGUCCUGAUCUCUCUACCAAGCUUGAAUUCAAUCUGGGUGAUCUAAGAAACAAAGGAGAUAUUGAGAAACUCUUUUCCAAUCAGAGAUUUGAUGCUGUGAUUCACUUUGCUGGUCUUAAAGCUGUGGGAGAAAGUGUUGGAAACCCUCGUCGUUACUUUGAUAAUAACUUAGUUGGAACUAUCAAUCUAUAUGAGACCAUGGCAAAAUACAACUGCAAAAUGAUGGUGUUUUCGUCGUCUGCAACAGUUUAUGGUCAACCUGAAAUAGUCCCAUGUGUGGAAGACUUUGAGUUACAGGCUAUGAAUCCUUAUGGUCGUACUAAGCUGUUUCUUGAAGAGAUAGCUAGAGACAUUCACGCUGCGGAACCAGAAUGGAAGAUAAUUCUUCUGAGGUACUUCAAUCCGGUUGGAGCUCACGAGAGUGGAAGAAUUGGAGAAGAUCCAAAGGGCAUACCGAAUAAUCUCAUGCCUUAUAUCCAACAAGUGGCGGUUGGAAGAUUACCUGAACUCAAUGUAUUUGGACAUGAUUAUCCUACCAUGGAUGGUAGCGCGGUUAGAGACUACAUCCAUGUAAUGGAUUUAGCAGAUGGCCAUGUGGCUGCGUUAAACAAAUUGUUUUCAGACUCAAAGAUUGGCUGUACUGCUUAUAAUCUUGGCACUGGUCAAGGAACUUCUGUCUUAGAAAUGGUUUCUUCUUUUGAAAAAGCUUCUGGCAAGAAAAUACCUAUCAAGCUAUGUCCAAGAAGAGCUGGAGAUGCAACAGCUGUUUAUGCUUCAACUCAGAAAGCUGAGAAGGAACUUGGCUGGAAGGCAAAAUAUGGAGUUGAUGAGAUGUGCAGAGAUCAAUGGAACUGGGCAAAUAAGAAUCCAUGGGGUUUCCAGAAGAAGCCUUGAUUGAUUUUGUUUUGUUUCACCACUCAAUAUAAAGAAAAAAAAAGAUAUAGAUGUCGUUUUAUUUUCCUGCAUCUAUUUGAUUUCUCUCUUCAAAAAAAGUUGUAUUGAACUCGUCAUCUUUCGGUUAAUAAAGUAUAAAGUUUAUCUACAUUGC